GGGCUACUAUCAUUAUUAGGUCCGAACGUUAGUUCUUUCCCAUUCUCGGAAUCAGCUUAUGUGGAAGCUUUAAAAUUAAGAACCGAACAGGAAAAGACAAAACAAGAGUAUUAUAAAUUGGAAACUGCUAAUAAAAAUUUGAACAUAAUCCAAAUGGCACUCAAUGCUCAAGUUCCUUCUAAUUUAAUCCCAUCAAUGUGCGUUGGAAUCCAGAACCCAAACCAAGAUCCACGAUUGAGAUCUCAUUCUCAAUUUCCUCAAAGUCCUCUAGUACCUGUUGUAUCCACUUUCCAACCGGGUCAUAGCAGAUCAUCAUCUUCAAAAGACAUAUAUGGCCAUGAUAAUCUAAACGCAAACCCCAUUCCCCCUAUGCAAUUCAAAUUUGGAGCUGGCUCUCUGAAUCAACCUUCAAUGGUUAAUCGUCGUCCAUUAUCACCUGCCAAAAUUGGAGCAGCAGCAGUUGCAAAUUUAGCAACUCCAACCAAUACUUAUAGAGCGAAGAGAACACUACCUCUUCAUCAACGUCAUUUUUCCAUGCCAGUAGAAUCCUCCUCGAGAAAUUUACAACAACGUGCAACAUCUUCGAUCCAAGUUAAACCAUCUCCUGCUCAACCAUUGCAUAAACAAUCAAGACUGAGUCAACCUCCUUCACAAGAAUCAAUGACAUCAUUCCAGCAUAUUAUUCAAUUCCAUCAUUGGAAACCAGAGAGUCCAGGCGCAAACCCU